UUUUGCAAUUUAAGUGAAAGAUUGUGUUCUGUGUCAAUUUUGCGUGAAAUGCUUGUCUCAAAAAUCGUCAACCACAAAUAUAUGCAUUAAUCAAAAAACCAAAAUCCAAUUCGAAUUUCACACGAGUGUUUCAGAAACAGAGGAAAUGUACCUUUUUUUGCCUUGCUUCAAUCCAAAAGCCACACACAAUUGAUCAUGAAACGUUAAUUUACACUUCAAUUUAAUUUUGAUCGACUAAUUAUAAUAACACGUUUAAAAUGAAUGUGCCUUUUGUUCUAAAUAGUGAAAUACGGGGCAAGAAAAUGAUAAUUGCCAAUUUUCGAAUGUCAUUAAACGAUCAAACGAAUUGUUCGUGAUAACAUGUACUAUCGCCAACUCAAAUGAACCGGUUGAUUUCAAUCUGAAAUCCUUGUGUGACAGGACGGCUAAUAGAAGCCGUCAUAUACAGAACUGCAAAUGUGUAUGUAUAUAUAUUUACAGUUGAAGAAAAAAAAAGUGAAUGACAUACAGAGCGUCAAGAAAACAAGACAAGAAAAUUUCCCGUAUGAUUUUCUCAUCAGUCGUGUUCAGUCUUUAUUUAUAUUCGCUACUAGUUUAAUGUUUGCACUAGAGCGAGCACAGUGUUACCGAAUCAACGGUUCGACCCAUCGAAGAAAGUAUCGCUCAAUUAUUAUAUUUUCUGCUUGCAUCUCACUAAAUAAAUAGUGACAAAGAGCCCUUCUAAAUAAUUUAAUCGAAACUACAAUAAUUGUCAUUUAAUCAUCACUUAAGUUAGUAAAAUUUUACAAUUCGAAUGAACAAAAGGAAAAUAUAAAAUUAGUUACAAUGUAAAUGCAACAAAGAAGACGUAAAAAAUAUACCAAAACAACAGAAUGAAUUCAUAGUAAAAAUCGAGCGUCUGAAUAUUUAUAUCGAUUCUAGAAGUCUGAAUUAGUUACAGAGAACGAAAACAAAAUAAGAAGACUGAAAACGAAAUACUGAAAGUGGAAAAAAAAACACACAGAAAACCUGAAAACAACAAACCACACACUCCAAUUUCAUGUAAAGUAAAUUGACUGUAAGUAGAACUGGAGACAGUUAAACGGCUUUUGAAAAUAUGGCUUUGGUAAUGUUGCCGUGUGAUCUUCCUUGGUGGUCGAGCAUAUGUAAACGACUCACGCUGCUUCAACAAACUGAUGAUACGUACAUGAUUCUCGAAAUUAUGCUACGAAUUCAUGAUCUAUGCAACGUCAGUCUUGAUCCGGAUGAAGAUAAACGCGAUGCAACCAUAUUUGAAGGUUUAAAAUUUUUUAUGCUCAAUGAAAUGACUGAUGAAGAGUGCCAAUACUUUAAAACGGUGACAUUGUGCAAUUUAGCAAAACGAGCACAAAGUUUAAAAUCAGUUCGGCCGCCACGUGGACUCAGUUUCAGUUUGCAGCAACAACCGGACAAAGUAAAAUUAAGUUAUGAUUUGGUAGCUGCACUUCUAGCCAACGCGUUUUUCUCUACAUUUCCAAAAAGAACCGAAAAAACACAUCCCACAUUGCAAGAUUUUAAUUUUUCGUUCUUCUUUCGAAAUUUAAAUGAACCGCAUCAAAAGGUGAAAUUUUUGAAUUUUAUAAAAUAUUUUGAUUGGCUGGAAACACAAGCGAAUUUAGCGGAAGCAAAAAAUGUUGAAUGUCAAAAAACAAAGGAUUGUAACGAUGCAAGUGGAGAUGAUACAAACAGUUACAUGCGAGUGUCUAGAAAAGUGUUUAGCGGAAAACAAUGGUUAACAAUAGAAGAUUGGCUUGAAUGUUCCGUGCCGUUGUGUGCAUUGGAAGUAAAGCACGAAGGUCGCAUUGAACGAUCCGAUGACAAUGUCGUGCAAACCGUUUUUGCCACUUCUCGUUUAGGUGGUGAAUUUUUAUCAAAUGGCUGGUCUCAAGAAUGCUUAGAAUUUUCACUAUUUCCGGAGCUAAUCUCAAUUUUACUGUACGUCGAAGCGUUAGAAGAUAAUGAAGUUGUAUUCGUAGAAAAUGUCCGACAAUUUAAUCGUAUUUUAACCGAUUCGAAUAAGCAACCGUUUUUGGAACGUUUAGAUGAACCGAAAAAGGUUUCGGUUUGUUUGAUGGACGCUGAAAAUUAUAGCGAUUAUCCUGACAGUCAAUUUGAAGAGGACAAUGUUUUACGUGAGCUGAACAAAUGCUUACUUGCUUUCCGUCAAAACACAACCUGCCCAAUAAUUCCGAAAACCAAUCAACGUAUCAAUCGUCGUUUAAAUUCAAUGCCAUCAAUCGAGAGUAGCCAUGAGUCUGAAUCGGUUAUAGAUAAAGAACGAAAUAACGCGCAAAAAAGACUUUCACCGAUUGGAGAGAGCGGACGAAAUUCGCCAAAAGAUAUCACCCAAAUCAUAAUUAGACAACCAUCAACGAGUACAAAACGAUCCAGCUAUGAUUCCGAUCUCAUUGCAAACAACAUUGAAAAACGACGAUCGUGGCUGGUGGCUAGUCCGAUGGGUGGCAGUAGCAGUAAAGACGGAGGCAGUGUAGUGACAGGUCCAACUGCUUCGGGCAGACGCGGUCGUUUUAUAGUAUUAGGUUCUUCAGGUGAAUGUUUGCCGGUGAAUAGAAUCACAGCAAAACGCCAAUUAUUUGCCAAAUCGUCUACAAAUCGAACCGACAGCAAUAGCGUUUAUUCAAGCUGCAAUUCUAGCGAAGGAAAUGAGGAUGUUGGCGAAGAAAUGUAUUACAGUGCGAAAACCAGUUUUGAUGAUUUUGUAGAAGUUUGGAAUGAUUCCGAUUGUGAAAAAUACGGCGAAACAACAAAUAACGAUAAGCACUAUACAUUCGCCGAAAAAUUGCGAGAUGCUUUACAACAUUCGGAUACACACUAUACAGAAAGUACCGACGACAGCUACGCUGUUGAUAUCAGCAUAUCAGGAUCGAGAACAGAUGCAGACGAGGGAAUUAGGAUUAAACGUGGUGGAAGUCGUGGUUUUGUUCUCAACGAUGACUCAUUAGAUGAGGGUUUUUACAUGGAAUCUAUAAAUCAAAGCCAAAAUUGGCUUGAAAAAUACGAACAUAAAUUUUCAAAUGUGAAUACCGUUAAAACUGAUAACAAUGCGAAUUUAACAACAGAUCAAAAGACAAAAUAUAAUUACGAAGAUGAUUCAUCUGAGUUCAGUUCGGAAUUGGAAGAAGUUUACGAGCAAUUUAGCAAAUGGAUAGAGGAUCCAAUUAUAGAAGAAAACGUGGAUAAGUUGGAUCCGCGUGAUGAAGCUGUUCUUAACUUUGCGAAUUCAUUGCUCAAACGUACACUAAGUGAAAGUUUUGUGGGAGUACCGCUGACAGAAGGUUGCAUAUCAAGUGCAUGUAUCCCCGCCGAAGAGAACUCACUACAAAAUUACCAAGACAAGCAGAAAAACCGACAAAUCAUUAACGCACGGUCGCUAAGCUUAGAAAUAGCAAAGCACAAACACCGAAUAGCCGCGCAACUGAUUGCACAGAUGAAUAAAAACCGUCUCACCAAGAAGGAUGGCAUUGCACCGGUCAGCACUGGAAAUUGGGGAUGUGGUCAGACGUCACAUGGUGAUGUACAACUGAAGCUGGCCAUUCAAUGGAUGGCUGCCAGUUUGGCCGGUUUGCCGCUAUUAAUUUACAAUACAUCAGGUCAUAAAAAAUUAGCAAAGUUGGACACCGUGUGUCGUGUAUUGCUAGACCGCAAAACAACUGUUGGUGAACUUGCAGCCGCAAUUCUCGAACAUGCCAAAGACAUUUUGGAAUAUGAUGAUAAAACAAGUGAUGCGACAAUAGAAACAUCGGAUAGAUGCUUUUUUGAAAAAUUGAUUGGCAUUUGAUGUCAUCCGUAGAUAUUUAUAAAUUAUUAUUUUUCUUUCGUUUCGAUUGAUCGGUUUCUCUUUUUCUGAUAUUGAAACAUUUAUAUACUGAGACUCAGAAAAGCAAUACAUUUUACACCAUUCAUAGGUAAAUUUAUAAUUAUACUCUUUUUGACAAAAACUGACUUACUCUCGUCACACACACACACACACAUAUAUUUAUAUUUUCCCAGUAAAACGUUUUUUAUAAGAAUGAUGUGAAGCAUUAAUUUUCAAGAAGCAUUUUCUUGAAUUUUAACCAAAUGCUGUAGGUCGAAGAAGUUUAGGUAGAAACUUUAUUAUUUAGUUUGCCUUUGAAAGAAUUUCAAAUGUUUAUUGUCACACAUUUUUUUGUAAAGUAUCUCCUCGAAACGCAUUCAUUUUUUGUCCCUCUAAUUAUAAGAUACGUUCAUUGUUUCAUUUCAUUCAAUUUUAUACCGCCUGAAUUGUUUUUUUUCUCAAAGGAUAUGGAUAAAAGUUCAAAACAUGCAACAAUCAAUAUUUAUAUAAUAUACGUACUAUAGUCUUCCUUUUCAGUAACUUUCUUCAGAACAAAUGAAAAAAAAAAUUCUACUAAGCCCCCACAUGUUAUUCCAAAUGUGAAACAAAAAAUAAUAUUUAUGCAAAUUGUAAGAGACACGUUUUCUAGGCGAGUUUUUAACUCUUAUCUUCUUUUAUAAAUGUAUUCGGAGUGUUUUGAAAGAGCCUUUGAUGUUAUAAAAGAAAUUUGCAAAUCAACUCAUGUAAAAAA